AUGAAUGCCGAACAGAUCGUCGAGCAAGCAAACCGUGAGGCCAUUCGCCUGGGCGCCGAGAAUGAGCAGCAGCGCUCGUCGAUCGCAGCCCUCCAGGCGCUGGUGGAAAGCUAUAAGGCUGCGAUGGCUAAUCAGGCAGCGGCGAUACUCGAGAGUCAAGCUACGGCUCAUGCGGUCAUGGUGCAGAGAGACGCUUUUGCAUCGCAGGUUGCUUUUAUCGAGCAAUUUUCGCGAGAAGGUGCCGCUGCAUCAGCAGCCGCGAUCCGGAAUCUUGAGCAGCAGCUGUAUCAGGCGAAUGCUACAGGGCAGGAUUGGAGUCGGCAAGCCGGCAGCCUCAGUGCCCAAACAACUCGUCUCCAGGAGGAGAUUGUGAAACUUUCCCAGCAAUCCUCUGAGGAAUCAGAAAAGGCCAAGAAGAAUGUUGAGACAAUUGGCCGCCUCACGGUCGAGUUGUCGGUCAAUGCAGCAAGGCGUGAAGAGUCCGAUGAAAGGUUGCGCGGUAUUGAGGGAAAGCUCGACGACCUGACAAAGAGCUUCGGCGGUCUAGUAGCUGCCCGGGAUAACCUCAACGACAGUCUCUCGGCAUCGAAAAAGGAACUGCAGCAGAACAACCGGAAACAAGCGUCAGUCAUGAAGAGCGCGAGAGAACAAAAUGAAAAGCUCUCCAAGGAGCUGGAGAAGGCUGAAGCGCGUUUGCAGGAGCACGAUAAAUCUACAGAAGAUCUGCGUCGAAAAGCUGAUGUGGAACGAAAACUCCAACGCGAACUUCAGAAAAGCCUCGACGAUGCCGAAAAUAUGCGCUCCAGCUUGAAAUUCUAUCAAGCCCAGGACGAGAAGCACAUGAAAACCAUUUCGAAUUACCAGAAGGAACUUCGCAAGUUGACGGACCAGGACCGAGCGACAGCAUUCGCCAAAAGAAUCCGAGAGAAGGAUGUCGAAAUCGAGAAGCUGGUCCAGUGCAUCAAGAACUUGGAAACCCAGCUUGGACAGAAGCAGAGGCUGGUGGAUAUGGCUCUCGCCAGAGUCAAGAUGAGCACAGCCGUCGCACAGCGAAUGGAAAAGGACACCGCAGCCUGGAAGGGCGACUCUUUGGCCAAUGGCUUUCGAAGCCUCGUCUCACACAAAGUUGCACGAAUGGAGCUGGCCAAGGAAACUGUGGACGCUGUCUUUGCAGCCCUAAGAGGCAUCGACUCGGCCCAAAAGGCCAUGCAGUCCGUCGCCACAAUCAAAGGGAUAUUAUCCACGGUGGAGUACCGCAUGGUCACCUACGGCAAGGACACGAUGGAGACGAUCGCCGGCGUAAACUCGCUGGUGGCAGACAUCAAGAAGCUUGUGGAGGGUGCGAAGGAACCCUCGGACUUCGAGAAGCUGAUAACAGACGUCAGAGCGCUGCAGGUUGGAUUUGCGAACUCCCUCGAACAGGAGAAGAAAUUGUCAGUCAUAUAA